GAAGCAUUAAAAAAGACAUUUUAAAACAUGGACGUUUUCAAAUGGCUUUUGCUGGUUGUUUUUGUCCUGCACCUCGUUCAUUCAUAUACUUAUACGCUACAAAGGAGAUUAUGUGUGGACAUUCCGAUGAAAUUUGCGGGAGACAAACUGGCUUGUAGUUUUAUGUCAAUAAUGGCAGAAACAUUCCUCCAGAAAGGAUAUUGCUUGAAUCCAUGCGAUGUAUCUAUUUCAAACCUUUGGACCAACAGGCGCCACAAACUGUCAGAAUUAGUUUUUAAAUAUGGACAUCAAGAAAGGCAGAUUUCUUUGAAAGAAUUUUGUCCAGAUGAUUAUUACAAUUUUUUCGGAUAUCGGCGUACAUUGGAAGUUGUAAGACUGUCUGUGGAUUGUAGCAAUCAGAGACUUGAUUAUAUCCAUGCUCUCUGCGACAUUAACAGUGAUUGUGGAAAUAAUGCUGACUGCAACCUAAUCUUAAAUGGUGGGAUAGGUGUGUGUUUCCGCAAAUCAGAGCAUAUCAGGAUCAAUGGAGAGUGCUACGAUGCUGAUGUUCCUAUUGGUGGAGCAUGUGUGUCAGAUAUCCACUGCAGAGACAAAACAUACUCUGGUAUUUGCUUACAUUCAACUUGUACGUGUGGAGAGGGAUAUGUGUACAAUGCAAGCGAGAACAGUUGUGUUGCAGCUGAUCAUCCUGUUAAUGGAAUAUUUGUGCCAUACAUCCAGUGCAAAGACAGACUCUUUUCUGGUGUUUGUUUGGAUUCGAGAUGCCGAUGUGGAGAGGGAUUUAUUUCACGAGACAACAAAUGCCUUGCAGCUAAUGUUUCUAUUGGUGGUGAGUGCAUAGAAGAUUCUCAGUGUUCGGAUGGAACUUACACUGGAGUUUGUGUGAAUUCGAAAUGUACUUGUAGAGAGGGAUAUUCUUCUCGGGGAAAUAAAUGCCUUGCCGAGAAUGUGGCUCUUGGUGGAUAUUGCCUUUUGAGUGAACAGUGUACGGGCAGUAUUCAUGCGGAAGUCUGCAAGGAUGAAAGAUGUGUCUGCAAGAGUGGUUAUGUAUCAUAUAACCAAACAUGUUAUCGAGAAUCGAAUUUUGAUAAUGUAUGUUUUUACUGGAAUCAAACGUGCAAAGACUUAACAAGAAAGUGUAGUAUUGUCAGCAAUCAAGACGUUGGGAUAUGCGUUUGCAAAUCAGAAUAUUUAGGGUUUGGAGAAAAAUGCUUAGAAGGAAACCUUAAAAUUAACCAGACCUGUGAGCGAUAUGAACAGUGCACUGCUGUACAAGACUUGGAAUGUCAGAAUGGAACAUGUAUAUGUCGAGAUGGGCACGUACCUGUUAAUGAGACUUACUGUAAACCAGUGGAAAUAAAUGAAAAUGACGUAGCCAAAAUGUUUUUAAAUCAAGAACAAGCAAAUGGUUUGGGAGCUACAAUAGGAGCUGUUUUCGGAGGCUUCUUUAUAGGAGUAGUAUUAAGUGCCCUCAUUACAUACUUAAUAUCCAGAAGAUAUAUGGCCAGCAUACAUAAACGUGACGAGAUAAGUAUAAAAUUUGACAGACAUAGUGCCCACAUUGCACCAAUAUCUGAAAACAACCCGAGUCAAUCAGCAAAAGUUACGGAACAGACGUAUCAGCGAAAGGUCGUUAAUGUUCCACCCUACUCUCCGUCUAUGGAAUCCCCUACGUACAGUAACGUUAAAGAGGCUAAAACAUCAAAGAUGAAAGAAGAAGAUGUCUACAACCAUCUUCACGAAAAAGAGGAUGAGAAAACGGAGAACGUAUACAACCAUGCUUCUUGUUCCUCUGGUCAGACUACGGAAGACGAUUACGGCCAUUUAAAUGCAGGACGAAGUAAUGAGGGGGUUGUCUUACCUGAAGACGAUGUGUAUGCUCACACGGAUGCGGCCAAUAACGACAACUAUUUUGUCCUUGAAAAUCAAAGUCAAAUCUGAAGCAA